AUUGGCCUUGCAUUCGAUGUUUGUACCACGUGACCGCUGACACGCAUUUGCAGUACGCAUGCGUCAGUGACACGCGUCGUAAAGCAGGGUGGGUGUGACGUCAUGGUGAAAUUCGCUCUACAGUUCAAAGCCUCUCUGGAAAACUUAACUCGGCUGCGGCCACAUGGAGAAGAUUUCCGGUGGUUUCUGAAGCUGAAAUGUGGGAACUGUGGAGAGGUAACAGACAAAUGGCAGUACAUCACGCUUAUGGAUAGCGUGCCAUUAAAGGGCGGCAGAGGUAGUGCCAGCAUGGUUCAAAGGUGCAAGUUGUGCUCCCGGGAAAAUUCCAUAGAUAUCUUGGCUGCCUCACUGCAUCCAUACAAUGCUGAAGACAGUGAAACAUUUAAGACAAUUGUGGAAUUUGAGUGUCGAGGUCUAGAGCCUGUCGACUUUCAGCCCCAGGCUGGAUUUGCUGCGGAAGGAGCAGAAACAGGGACCCCUUUCAGUGAAAUUAACUUGCAGGAGAAGGACUGGACGGAUUAUGAUGAAAAGGCAAAGGAAUCAGUGGGAAUCUACGAGGUGGAACACAGGUUUACUAAAUGCUGAUUAGGAGUGCUGGUUGGGAAAGAGUUGAAAGAAAUGUUAUUUGUUAUUGAGUGACAAUUACUAUAGUCUAUGGAACACGUGCUUUUUAUAUUAAACCUUCCAAACUGUACAGCAGUCACUGAAAAGUUAAAUAAUGUAUUACACAGUGCAAUGGAGGAAGAGGUUGAUGCUGUUAAUGCAUUUUGUUAAAGUUAUAUUACACCAAUCUGAUGACUAAAUAAG